AUGUUCAUACUAUCAGAAAUACAAGACCUCGUACGAAUACCGCCUCAUUCCUUUAAUAUACCUAUUCAGCAUUCAAUAACAGAUGAGUUGAAUAAAAAACUUGCCAAUAAAAUAGUACCCAACUUGGGUUUAAUGAUAACUACAUGGGACCUUCUUGAUAUUAAAGAUGGACUUUUGAAACCGGGAGAUGGGGGAUCAUACGUGGAGGUGCGGUUUCGGUACAUUGUUUUCAAACCAUUCAAGGGGGAAACAUUAACAGGAUGGGUCACCAAAUGUACAGCUGAAGGUAUUAAAUUGAGAUUAGAAUUCUUUGAUGAUAUUUGGGUACCUCUGGAAUAUAUUGGCGAAGAAUAUGAAUAUUUGCAAGAGGAACAAGCUUGGGUUUGGAAAACUGAUAAUCACUCACUAUACAUUGAGGUUGAUGAAAAAGUAAGAUUUAGAGUUGAGCAAGAGAAUUUCUACAAUAUUAAACCAAAAAACUCAAAUGAAGCUAUGGGUAUUGAUGAACCUGCAGAUAAAGCACCAGCAUAUAGUCUAACAGCUUCUUUACUAGGACCCGGCAUGGGUUGUGUCUCAUGGUGGGACUAA